GCGACAACGACCAUGGCAGAUCUGCCUCCACGUCCCACAUUCGAACCUCCUCCAGAUCGUCCCCCGAGACAUCUAGGGCCUCCAGGACCUGACGACCGUGAUAGAUACCCUUCGUCUUCUUACCUUCCUAGAGGAGACCAUUACGAAUCUCGAAGAGAACGAGAAAGUUAUCACAGAGAUUACGACCCAAGAGAUAGAGACCAUGAAAGAGACAGAGUCUGGAAUGAUAGGGAUAGAUUUCCUCCACGAGAGAGGUCUCGUUUCGAUGAGUAUGACAGAAGAGGUCCUCCUCCUCCCCCAUACCGAGGAAGUCGAGAUUUCGAUAGAAGGCGUUCUCCCCCACCGCGACCGAGCUAUGAUAGAGAUAGAGACAGAGAUCGACCUUCCUAUUAUCGACCUCGCGACCGUUCACCAGACCGCAGAGACGACUGGCAUCGGAGACGACCUCUUUCACCUGGACCGAGAUACCCUGACAGCUACAGGCAUAACUCAAGGUCGCCACCUCCUAGACGUCGAUACAGUCGUAGUCGUUCACCACCAUUUCGUCGAACUUCAUCACGUUCCCGUUCCCCACCACCUCCCCCGAAACGUCUAAGACUUGGGAACCAUUCUAUUGGGAGUCCGUACUCGAGGUCUCCCUCUCCUCGGUCGCGUUAUCGUUCACCCUCCCCUCGCCGGCACCAACCACCUCCAUAUCGUGAUGAUCGGCGCCGAAGUCUUUCUCCUGAUCGUCUGUCGACACGGCGGCAUUCACGUCCUCCUUCACGCGCGUCAAGAGGCAGUCGACGGGAUUCUCAGGUUGAGUUCGGAGAGCACGUUGAAGGUGGGAGAGGGUCAGGAAGUAGAACGUCGGAACCGGUAAUGGAAAGGCAUAGAAGCAGAACUCGUUCGCCCCCGAGACCCAGUUAUCAACAACGUCAACUGUCGAUAUCUUCACCGGUAUCCAAGGGUAUGGUUGUUGAUAGUGGGCGGCAGUCGCCCAUACCGCAGUCACCACUUGGAACGAAGAACGGGGAUGGAGACAUACAGAUGAUACCAACAGCACCCGCCGAAACCUAUGAACGAUCGCCCCAAUUUUCUUCACCGAGACAACCUAGUCCACCGCGAGAACCGCGUGGGGCCGGAGAGCUACCAAGACAGCCUCGAAUGCAAAUGGCACAACGAGGAAGAGGAGAUUUCCGUGGAGGUAGUGUUGGUGGUGUUGGACGAGGAGUAGGAGGACCAUUCCGAGGCACUGGUGCUGAACCACCUCGGGGACCUCGACAUCGUGGACCACCUACAACUAGUAUGAUUAACACUACCGCUGCUCCUAGUACAUCUGGCGGCGUCAACUCUCAGUCGCCCGCUUCUGCACCGUAUAAUGGUAGCGCUCCAACGACACCACAAAUACCGAGUCAAGCCCCAACUCCGGUGAUGGAGAUUGUACCCUAUGAACAGCUGCUUGGGGAGCAUUCGAUGUAUAAACAACUGAAGAAUGCACAGACUAUAAUUGAGAGUCAAUACAAGGACAAGUUGAACAUUGAGCGAGAGUAUAAAAACGUUUAUAGGGCUACGCGACGUGCGCUUCAUGAUUUCGAGCUGUCAACCAUUGAUUUGAGGGCCUCGGAAGUGAGGAGAAAGGCCACGUCUGCUCAGUUGGACCUGGCAAGAGAGGGAGCUCUCGGGAUCGACUAUGUUGGUGAAAGGAAUAAGGUACCCGUAUCGGUAUAA